GCCUGCUUUGGCGGCGUCGGUGCCGUGGUAACCAGGAAGUCCGUUCCUUCCAGGUCCUUUGGCCGGAUUCUGGGCUUCGAUCGGCUGCUCAGCUGAGGCCACGAUGCCCAGUGAUACACUCUGGGAAAUUGCAAAAGCUGAAGUGGAAAAGAGAGAAAUUUCUGAAAAUGGUGGAGAUGGAGCAGAAGUUUGUGAAAAAUCAGUAUUCUUCAUUGGCAGUAAAAAUGGGGGAAAGACUACUAUUAUUCUACGAUGUCUUGACAGAGAUGAGCCACCAAAACCAACCUUAGCUUUGGAGUAUACUUACGGAAGAAGAGCAAAAGGGCAUAACACACCUAAAGACAUUGCUCAUUUUUGGGAAUUGGGUGGAGGAACUUCUUUGUUGGACUUAAUCAGCAUUCCAAUAACAAACGAGAGUUUGAGGACAUUUUCUUUAGUUCUUGUCUUGGAUCUUUCAAAACCCAAUGACCUUUGGCCGACCAUGGAAAGUCUUUUGCAAGUCACAAAAGCUCACGUAGACAAACUUAUAAUGAAACUGGGCAAGACCAGUACUAAGGCAGCUUCUGAAAUGAGGCAGAAGAUGUGGAGUAACAUGCAGAAGGACCAUCCAGACCGUGAAUUAAUUGACCCAUUUCCAAUUCCUCUGGUGAUAAUUGGAAGUAAAUAUGACAUUUUUCAGGAUUUUGACUCUGAGAAGAGAAAAAUCAUCUGCAAGACUCUUCGAUUUGUUUCCCAUUAUUAUGGAGCUUCAUUGAUGUUUGCCAGUAAAUCAGAAGCUCUUCUACUGAAAAUACGUGGAGUUAUCAAUCAGUUGGCAUUUGGCAUUGACAAAAGCAAAUCAAUAUCUGUGGACCAGAAUAAACCACUGUUUAUCCCAGCAGGAUUGGAUUCUUUAAGUCAAAUAGGGUCACCACCUCUCUCUGAGAAUGAAAUUGGAAAGCUUCAUGCACAAACACCAAUGGAGCUGUGGAAAAAAGUAUAUGAAAAAGUCUUUCCACCAAAGAGUGCCAAUACAUCCAAAGAGACCAGAGACCCAGCACGAGACCCUCAAUAUGCAGAAAGUGAAGUUGAUGAAAUGCGGGCACAGAAAGACCAGAUCCAGGACAGUGUGUUCCUCUCGGAAAGCGACAACAGUCUAUAUUUCACAUACAGUGGCCAGUCCAACACCCUGGAGAUCAGAGACCUCAACUACCAGGUUGACAAGGCCUUCCAGGUGCCAUGGUAUGAAAGACUAGCUGAGUUCAAAAUGCCUUGUAUGUGGAACCGAGGCCAGGACGCCCCUGUGCCCAUGAUCCAGAAUCUGAAUCUGAAAGUGAAGAGCGGCCAGAUGCUGGCCAUCAUUGGGAGCUCAGGCUAUGGAAAGUCCUCCCUGUUGGAUGUGAUUACCUGCAGAGAAAACAGAGGCAAAAUCAAGACGGGCCAAGUUCUAAUUAAUGGUCAGCCCAGCACGCCCCAGCUGGUGAAGAAGUGCAUCGCCCACGUGAGGCAGCAUGACCAGCUUCUCCCCAACUUGACCGUCUGGGAGACUUUAUUAUUUGUUGCCCAGCUACGCCUGCCGAGAACCUCCUCCGACUCCCAGCGCAAAAAGAGGGUAGAAGAUGUGAUAGCUGAGCUGCGGCUGCGCCAGUGUGCCCACACACGAGUAGGGAACGAGUACCUGCGGGGAGUGUCGGGUGGCGAGAGAAGACGGGUCAGCAUCGGCGUGCAGCUACUAUGGAAUCCUGGAAUCUUAAUAUUGGACGAGCCUACAUCGGGCUUAGACAGCUUCACAUCCCAUAACCUUGUGAAAACUUUAUCCAGGCUGGCAAAAGGCAACCGACUAGUGCUGAUAUCACUUCAUCAGCCUCGCUCAGAUAUCUUCAAAUUGUUUGAUUUGGUCCUCCUGAUGACCUCUGGGACCACCAUCUACUCAGGAACAGCCCGGGACAUGGUGAAGUAUUUCACAGAAAUUGGCUACCCCUGUCCCAGGUAUAGCAAUCCUGCGGACUUCUAUGUCGAUUUGACCAGCAUUGACAGACAAGACAGACAGCGAGAGAUGGCCACCAGAGAGAAGGUCCAGUCCCUCGCUGCCUUGUUUCUGGAAAAAGUUCGAGACUUUGAUGACUUCUUGUGGAGAGCCACUGAAGAGGAAAGUAUGUUGACUGUCUCUGUGGAGCCGAGGUCUCAUCUCAUUUCAGAACAGAUCAUUAAUCUACCAUCAUCUUCUGACCACCAGCUACCAGGGACAGUUCAGCAGUUCACCACUCUAAUUCGCCGACAGAUUUCCAAUGACUUCAGGGACCUGCCGAUGUUGCUGACCCAGGGUUUGGAGGCCUUUGUGAUGUCCAUGGUCAUUGGAUUUCUAUUUUAUGGCCAUGAGAAAAUCCAACGCUCCUUCAUGGACACAGCUGCUCUCCUGUUUGUCACGGGGGCUCUGAUUCCCUUCCCAGUGAUUCUGCAUAUUAUUGCAAAGUGUCACUCUGAAAGGGCAAUGCUUUAUUAUGAACUAGAAGAUGGGAUGUAUUCUGCUGGCCCAUAUUUCUUUGCUAAGAUUUUAGGAGAACUUCCAGAGCACUGUGCCUACGUGGUCAUUUAUGGGAUUCCAAUCUAUUGGCUAGCGAACCUCCGGCCAGAGCCAGAACAUUUCAUCCUGAGUUUCUUGAUGCUCUGGCUUGUGGUCUACUGUGGUCGGACAAUGGCACUGUGGUGUGCAGCCUUGCUUCCGAGUCUCCACACAUCUUCCUUUUUGGUCUCUGCUCUGUAUAACUCAUUUUACCUAUCGGGGGGCUUCAUGAUAAGCUUAGACAACCUAUGGACAGUACCAGCUUGGAUUUCCAAAGUAUCCUUUCUCCGAUGGUAUUUUGAAGGAUUAAUGCAAAUACAGUUUAAUGGAAUCAUUUACAAGGAACCUUUUGGAAACAUCACCAUCCCAAUACCAGGAAAACUUAUAGUUGAUGGUAUGGAUCUGAAUUCACACCCGCUAUAUGCUGGCUAUGCUAUCAUUAUUGGCAUCAGUAUCUGCUUCAUUGCCUUGUACUAUUUGUCCCUCCGGUUUAUCAAGCAGAAAUCAAGCCUAGAUUUAUGAGAAAAGAUUUAAAUACCUGGAAUGUGCUGCAGGUGCUUGUGUGGACUUGAGAUCCAGCACCAACCCCACCGCUCCCCUGAUCCAUAUCUUCCUGAAGAUUCCUACUGGAUGAAGAGAAGCCCAGAAGCUCACCAGCCCCAAAACUGUUCUUCCUCCUCAUCUGGUCCAUAAGGGGGAUGCAGUGGUACUGGUGAGCCACAGGAUGGCAGCAGAAUAAAGACAGUUGAAAGUCAAUUUCAAAUCUUCCCACCGAUCUCCUGCUUUUGGAGCACCAAUAUGCCUAUUUGGUGGCGCUUCCAAAAUGACUAUUGUAUUUUCCUCCAAGUCCAUGUAUUUGUAGAGGUACAAGAUGUGGACAAAUUA